AUGUACGUCGAGGAGGUCUGCAUAGACGGUUUCAAAUCCUACGCCCAACGUACCAUCGUCCCUCAAUUCGACCAAUAUUUCAACGCCAUAACCGGUUUGAACGGAAGCGGGAAAUCAAACAUUUUGGAUUCCAUCUGCUUCGUCCUCGGGAUCACGAAUUUAAGUCAGGUACGAUGUUCCUCUUUGCAAGAGCUGGUAUACAAGCAAGGCCAAGCUGGGAUUACGAAAGCGUCCGUCUCGAUUACGUUCAACAACUCGGAGAAGUCUCGCUCGCCCGUCGGGUACGAACACUGCGAUCAAGUCACCGUGACGCGUCAAAUCGUCAUCGGCGGGAAGAAUAAGUACAUGAUCAAUGGGUCAGUCGCGCAACCGACGAGGGUGCAGAAUUUGUUUCACUCCGUGCAGUUAAACGUGAACAAUCCGCAUUUUUUAAUCAUGCAAGGGAGGAUUACGAAGGUUUUGAACAUGAAACCGAUUGAGAUUUUAGGCAUGUUGGAGGAAGCCGCCGGGACGAGGAUGUACGAGAGCAAGAAGGAAGCGGCGACGAAAACUUUGACGAAGAAAGAACUGAAAGUGACGGAAAUCGAUCAGCUUCUCGAAGAGGAGAUUUUACCGACGAUUGAAAAGUUACGGAAAGAACGCGGCGAGUACAUGAAAUGGGCGUCGGCGAACGAUACGUUGGAACGGUUGAGGCGAUUUUGCGUCGCGGUGGAGUUUUGCGAGGCAGAGGAAGAGAUGACAAAAGCUGAAGAGGAGUCGGAAAAGUUGAAAGAAACCGUGGAAAUGCAUCUCUCAAAGGCGAUGGAGGCGAAAGCGAUGUCGCAAGAGAUGGAUAAAGACAUCGCCGUGAAGAUUGAAAACCGCGAGAAGGCGUGCGGCGACCAGUUGAACGCUUCGAAGCAGCGCGUCGAGGAGAAAUCGAAAGAGUUGGUCAAGAAAACGAGUGCGUUCGAACACGUCUCGAAAGAGAUGAAAAGCGAGGAGUCAUCUCUCAAGAAGCUCGAAAAGAGCAAAUCAGAUGCAAUCUCCGCGGACGAGAAGAGAAAAGAAAAAGUCAAAGAUCUCGAACUCGAGGCGCAGCGAGAGGAGGAAAAUUUACGCUCGGCGGAAGCGGAGGCGGAGAAGAGCGAACGGAAAUUAAUGAACGUCCAAACCGGCGCCGGGGAUACGUCGGAGAACAAAUCGUUACAAACGCAACUCAUGGAAGCGAUCGGGAAAGUCGCCGAGUGCGAUGCCAAGGCGAAAUCGGAAGCAUUGAGGCAAAAACACAUCGAGAAGGAGAUGCGAGAGGCGGAGAAGUUGAAAGCGUGUAAGGCGAAGGAAAGCGCGAAGAUGCAAAACGAAAUGUCCGAAGCCGUAAAGAUGGUGGAGAAAGCACAACUGGAGUUGGCAUCGUUUGAAACCGAAUUCGACGACAUUCAAGACAAAUGUGCGCAGUUGGAGGAGAAAAAGGCUUCAUUAGAAUCCGCGCUCGAGGACGCCAGAGACUCGUGCGACCAACUCGAAGGAAAGCUCGCCGGUCUCGAUUUCAAAUUCAAAAAUCCAGACGUGAAGUUCGAUCGCGCGAAGAAAGUGAAAGGAACGAUUGCGAAACUCUUCGACGUGAUGGAUGAGUCGACAAUGACGGCGUUAGAAGUCAUCGCCGGUGGUAAGUUGUACCAAGUCGUCGUCGAUUCCGCGGAUACCGGUAAAGCGUUGCUCGAACGCGGAGAGUUGCAAAAACGAGUCACGAUCGUGCCUUUGGAUAAAGUCGACGGGAGGAAAGCGCACGAUGAACAGGUCAAAGCGGCUGAAAAAGUCUCGAACAACGAGGCAAAGUUGGCGGUGUCUUUGGUGACGGCAAAGGACCAAUCGGUACAAUCGGUGAUGAACUACGUAUUCGGUCGCGCGUUCGUCUGUCAAACGCAAGAGACGGCGAAGCGAGUGGCGUUCGAUAAGAACGUUUUGUUAAACUGCGUGACCGUGGAGGGCGAUUUAUUGAACCCAACUGGACUGUUAACCGGUGGAUCGAGAAAUAAAGGUUCAUCGGUCUUGAAAAAGUUGAAAGCGUUCUCCGAAGCGGAAAUGAAAGCGAGCGAGUUGCGCGACGACAUCGAGCGGUGCGACCGAGACAUCGAAAAGGCAAAAAUCGAGCGCAAAAAAUACACGGAGCUGGAAACGAAGUUGGACCAAUGUGAACACAAAUUAAACUUAUUAAAGGAGAAAAACAGCGAAUCCGAGGCGUUUCAGUUGGAAGAGAAACGAAUGAAGCUGACGAACGAGUUGGAGGAGUGCGAACGAAACGUCCGAGAGAUGGCGCGAGUGAAGGAAGAAACGCUCGCGUUGCAGAAGAAACUCGACGCGGAGAUUAAAAACUUCGCCAAAGAGCGCCAAAACUUGUUAAAAGACGCGGAGAAGAAGGUGAAAGAGACGAAAAAGCUGGUCAAUGACAUCAAAGAGAGAAUCAAGAAGAAAGAGACGAUUGUUUUAGACGCUCGAGUGGAGAAAGAGGCGGCGAUGAAAGCCAUCGCGAGCUUGGAGGAGGACAUCGAGCACGCGAAAGGAGGCAUCGAAACGUUAUCCAAAAAAGUCAUCGAGUUUGAACGAGAGAUGAUAAACGCACAACAAGCUUUCGACGAAGAGAGCAAAGCGUUGGAAAUCAUUCAAACCAAGUUACGAGAGACGGACGAUGAAAUCGCCUCGUUGCGGAAACAGAAAUCGAAGCUCGAGCAGAAACACAUGGACGAAUCCGUCGAGGCGAAGAAGUUAAACUUCAAAAUCGACCAGUUUGCCAAAGCCGCGAGCGACGCUCAAUCGCGAUUCCAUCUGCUCGAAAAAGAGCACCCGUGGGCCACCGAACACGAAAGGCAGCUGUUCGGCAAAGAGGGCACGGAAUACGACUUCUCCAAGAGAGACGUCAAGAAGGCGCAAAAGCAGUUGCAAGAGGCGGAAGAGACGCAAAAGCAACUCGGGAAACGAGUGAACAAAAAAGUCAUCGCCAUGUUCGAUAAAGCCGAGCAAGAGUUUAAGCAGUUGCAAGAGAAGCGACGAAUCGUUCUGAACGAUCGAUCGAAGAUUGAAAAAGUCAUCCACGAGUUGGACGAGAAGAAGCGAGAGACGCUCGAAUUGGUUUGGCAAAAAGUGACCAAAGAUUUCGGAUCCAUCUUUUCGACGUUAUUGCCGGGAACGCGAGCGAAGUUGGAACCGGUGGAAGGCACUACGUUCUUGGACGGUUUAGAAGUCAAAGUCGCGUUCGGUGAAGUGUGGAAAGAAUCGCUCUCGGAACUCUCCGGCGGGCAAAAAUCCUUGCUCGCGCUCAGUUUAAUAUUGGCGCUUUUGCUCUUCAAGCCGGCGCCUAUUUAUAUCUUGGACGAAGUGGACGCGGCGUUGGAUUUAUCGCACACGCAAAACAUCGGACGAAUGAUUCGCACGCACUUCCCGUUUUCGCAGUUCAUCGUCGUCUCCUUGAAAGAAGGCAUGUUUAACAACGCGAACGUUAUUUUUAGGACCAAGUUUGUGGACGGCUUAUCCACCGUAUCCCGCACGGCGCCGGCGUUGAAGGAUAAAGUCACCGAAGAAGAUAAAAAGGAUGGGGGCGCGUUAGGGGCAGCCGCGCAGAAAAGAGCGGAUAAAAGUACAACAACAACAACAAAAGCGGCGGCCAAGAAAGGACAUGUGGCCAAGGAGAACGCCGCGCCGCUUUAA